AUGGGUUCAGUUGUUUCUUCAUUAACUUUUCAACCUCCUAAACCAGCAUCCUACACAACCGAAAAACCACAUCCUGUCAUCUACACUCCAGAAAGUCCAUUCGAAAGUAUUGUAAGAACUGUUACAAAUGUAUUUGCAGGAAGAUUGGUUGAUAUUUUCCCAAGUUAUAUGAGAAUUGGUGCUAUUGAAGCUCCUGUUUUUAUUAUUCAUGGUGAAAAUGAUGAGUUAGUUCCAGUUGACCAUGGCAUUUAUAUUCACAAACAUGUUAAAAAUCCAUAUCCAGCCUUAUGGAUCAAGAAUGCUGGACACAAUGAUCUGAGAGAAGUCCUCGGAUUACGAGAACUCACCAACCACAUUAAGACAAACCAACAACAAUAUUCCAUCAUUAGAUGUUUCUCUCAAAAUGUUACGCAAAUGAAUAAUAAUAAUAAGGAUAUUCAACAAUUUGCAUCGGGGAUGGAUUCUAGACAAUAUGAAGAUUUACUUCGUCAAUUCUUGUGGGAAUAUCUUCAAUCCGAGGCUGAAACUGAUUUGAGUGAAGAUUUUGGAGAUGAAAUGAUGCAACAGUGGGGAAAUGAAGCUCCAUUGUUCCAAGAUGAAUAUGACCAACAACUUUUUGAAGAACAAAAGAAGGAAGCUGCUACUAGAGGAAAACCAUUCGGAAAGGGAAAUGAUAAACAACAAGAAGAUUCAACAUUACUUGAAAAUACUCCAACAACAAGUGUGAAACCUGAUCACCAGGCCUCUUCUAUGCCAAUUGUUGAAUCCAAUCAAGAUAAAUCUACUUCCAAAAACGAGGUCAAUUCUAGCUCCUUAAAAAAGAAAUAUGUCACAUUAACAGUUUCACAGGAACACGAUGAUAUGAGAUUGGAUAAAUUCCUAACAAAAACUCUUGCCAUUAAUUUUGGUCUGAUACAGAAAAUUACGAGAAAGAAGCAACUUUUCAAGAAUGGAAUUGCUGUUAAGGAAAAUAAUGAACGAGUUUUUAAGGGAGACAUUAUUAAAAUUCCAAAAGAUUUCAUUGAUAGUGAAAAGAGACAGGAAAUUGACGAGCAUAUAACAGGAAAAAGAGAACAGUUCAAUAAGGCACAAAGAGAAACUGAUAAAAUAGACAGAGAUGAUGAAAUGGAUACCAUCUCAUCAGAAACUUUGGGAAAUCCAAUUUAUAGUAAGAAUGGAGGUAAAAUGAAACUCGAAUUAACACAGGAACAAAUUGAGGAAAUUAGAAGUUGGAUCCUCUUCAAGAAUGAUGAAAUUAUUGCACUUAACAAGCCAUAUGGUAUUUGUGUUCAGGGAGGAAGUAAUCAAACAUUCCACAUCGAUGCACUUUUGGAUGCACUGACUGGAUUGGACGGAUUCAAUGUGCGACCAAAACUUGUUCACAGAUUGGAUAGAGAUACAACUGGUGUGUUGAUUGUUGCUAGAAAUAGAGCUGGUGCCAUAAGAAUGCAACAAUGGUUACAGGAAUCAACUGUUCCACUUAAGAAGUGUUAUUGGGCUGUCACUGUUGGCGUUCCAACACCAACUACUGGAAGAAUUAAGAUGGUAAUCGACAUUCAAAAAGAUGCAAAUGGAGUAGAAAAAGUAGUUCCUGUGGAUAAUAAGACAGACUCGUCAAAAAUCUCUGUAUCUGAAUACAAGACCAUCGACCACAUGACUGAUAAAUUGGCUUGGGUAGCUCUCUAUCCAGUGACAGGAAGAAAACAUCAACUUAGAGUUCAUUGUGCUAGUGCUUUGGGAGCUCCAAUUUUAGGUGAUUACAAGUAUGGUGAAGGUGUGCCAGAAAGUUUGACACACGUAGUUCCAGAUAAGAGCUUAAAGAGACUUCAUUUACAUCACAGAGCUAUGAAGCUUCCAUAUCUUAAUUCAAAGUAA